GGGGUGACUGGCUGACCAGACAGAUGGGCAGACCCAGGCAGGCUAUGGACAAAACACUGAACAGCAGGCCUGGCUCUCUGACAUGAACCAGAACAUGGUUGGACCUGGGGACACGGGGCUAACAGGAAAGGACACAGGCCACUGUCAGGACACACAGCCAAAGCUAGGACCCUGCUGACGUGGCAGCCCUCGGCCCUGGCCCCUUACUGCCCCCCGCCCCUCUCCCCCGCCUGCCAGCUGCCAACAGGGCUCUGCCCUGUGUCUGCCACACCUGUCACUGCCUGUCCUUGUCCGGGGGUGGGGGGGGCCCAUCAGCCCCUCCUCAGCUGCCCAGCAGAGCAAGCGGUUAGUGGGGAGGGGAGGGAACAUGGAGCGGGGGCCAGUGGUGGGGGCAGGGCUGGGGGCCGGGGCCCAAAUCCGGGCACUGCUGGGCUGCCUGGUCAAGGUGCUGCUCUGGGUGGCGUCUGCCUUGCUGUACUUUGGAAGUGAACAGGCCGCCCGCCUGCUGGGCAGCCCCUGCUUACGGCGCCUCUACCAUGCCUGGUUGGCAGCAGUGGUCAUCUUUGGGCCCCUUCUGCAGUUCCACGUCAACCCUCGGACUAUCUUCGCCAGCCACGGCAACUUCUUCAACAUAAAGUUUGUGAAUUCAGCAUGGGGCUGGACAUGCACCUUCCUGGGGGGCUUCGUGCUGCUGGUGGUGUUCCUGGCUACACGGCGUGUGGCAGUGACGGCACGGCACCUGAGCCGGCUGGUGGUGGGGGCCGCAGUGUGGCGGGGGGCUGGCCGGGCCUUCCUGCUCAUCGAGGACCUGACUGGCUCCUGCUUUGAGCCUCUGCCCCAGGGCCUGCUGCUGCACGAGCUUCCGGACCGCCGCAGCUGCCUGGCAGCCGGCCACCAGUGGCGGGGCUACACAGUCUCCUCCCACACCUUCCUGCUCACCUUCUGCUGCCUGCUCAUGGCCGAGGAAGCGGCAGUGUUCGCCAAGUAUCUGGCCCACGGGCUGCCAGCCGGGGCCCCUCUUCGCCUCGUCUUCCUGCUCAACGUGCUGCUGCUGGGCCUCUGGAACUUCUUGCUGCUCUGUACCGUCAUCUAUUUCCACCAGUACACCCACAAGGUGGUGGGGGCCGCAGUGGGCACCUUUGCCUGGUACCUCACCUAUGGCAGCUGGUAUCAUCAGCCCUGGUCUCCUGGGAGCCCCGGCCAUGGGCUCUUCCCUCGGCCCCGCUCUAGCCGCAAGCACAACUGAAAGAAAUAAAGGCAAAUCAGGCCU